AUUUUUGGGUCAAAAAGGACGGUGGGCGAGCGCCCCGUGAAACGAUCAGGGACAUUUCCGCCUGACGACUAGCCGGUCACGUGGUGAUGCUUAAACAUCGUUCAUGGACAAAGACCCGCGAUGUUCGUUCUUGAGCUUCAGCUUGGUUGACAUCCCUGAGCCAAAAACCAGAGUUGGACCCUUUAAGAGCCCGGAGUUAUUCUAGGUCAUAAAGAUUUUGAUCCGACAUGGUUUGACGCUUGGACUGCGCACGCCUGGCCGAGCGACCCAGCGAAGGUUGCUUGAGAUCACAUGCAGGCGUUCGAGUCCCAGCGUCUGCUAAUUAUUGAGCGAUUUUGAUACACAGGCGAGCAAACGGUGAGGAGAUUUCAUGAAAAGAGCUUUGAGGCAGAGGUGUGGAGGCCUCGGGUGGAAAUCCGUUGUAGACCCAGAUUGUGACACGGCGCACAGAGACGGCACGAGCAGGCUAGCAUGACCGCAUCUGAGACAGAGCCCGUUGGUUUGUAGCUUUGCAGUCACCGUGGUGAGGAAACCUGGAGGAAACCUUUCGUCCAGUUUGUUUGGUCUUGCUGUGGUCGAUACUGCGCCUCCAAGCGCUGAUCGUCAACCACCGCACUCGUUCAUACCGCGAGCCAGGACAAAUGCGGGAAAUCGCGCUUUGAAGUGUCGGACUCGAUUCCUGCCAGUGCAAUGCUGCGCUAUCUGAGAGCGUCUCAGCUCUAUCUCGCCGGGACUCUGGCGCUCCAUAUUCAGUCCCAGCAGCUGCGUCACCAGGUCUCAUAGACGCGUUCCUCCACAAAUCAGACCCUCCAUACCAUCCCCGCGUUAUUCGACGCUGCGUUUCUGGAUCGCCUACUCCCACCUUUUGAAUCGCCGAUGGGUACAUGGGCUGCAGAGGAGCACCAGGAGGGGCAUGGGAGUGGGACGAGAAGGGGGAAGUGGGAGAGCACUACGCUGGUAUACGGGUUGACGCAGAUUCUGGCGGCUUAGGAUCUCGACUCGGCAUGGAGCCGUACGCUGACGGCGGAUGGAGCGUCGGCGUUCAGCUCGACGCUGUCUUCCUUUCUGGACGCGUUUCAUUGGCUGGCAAUGGUCUUGGAUGCGAGCAGAUGACAGGCAGUCUUGAGCGGGCCAGGACUGAAACGCUCACCUGACCCUACCUAACCCUGCACAUUCUCUGGAAUAUGCGCAGCAUUCAUGAUGAGAAGAACGAUAAGGAGGCUUUCUACUGUGCCUUUGGAUGGGUGUAUGCGCAUCAUCCGCGCGCGGCCAUCGCGAAUCUGCCGCAGCUAUUGUCGCCUGAGUGCGUGCCGAAACGUGAUAAGUCAGCGUCCCACGGAUAUUGGCGGGAUCUGCUCAACAUCCCUGACUCCGCCACAACCGACGAGCUUGGUCCCGAGACACGACUGUCGUCGUUUUUGCAUUCAUGUGCAGGGAACGCGGGCGCUGAUCCGGAGAGAAAAGAGUUCUAGAAUGCUCUCGCACUCGACACCGAUCCCGUGGGUCUCAUCAAGGCUCGCCGUGCAUCGCGAGGUGCUGCGAAUCACGCUCGACUUGUCACGAAGCUUGCGGAGGAUCCGAAAUGCCGCGCUCUGUUCAUCGCUGUGGCUCCAUUGCCUGCCGAGUAGCUUUUCCAGGAGUGGCAGACCUUGUUGUGUGCGGAGAAGCUUGAAUCGGGGCCAGAGUGAUUUGCAAUGCUACGAGAGAUAUCAGUCGCUCCGAAGCAGGCCCCGUAGUCCAAUGGGCGCCCACGACCGGGUCACGAACAUCUGGACUGCAAUCGCUCAGCUGAUCUAUCAAACAAGGAGGAACCCGAUUCCUGAGAGGCUAUUUCCUACGAUGCUGUCCGCCGACCCCGACUCCCAUGCAGCAGCGGACGUUAUGUGUUCGUACUAUCAGCGCUAGGUGCUAUCUCCGUUACGCGCUGCAACACAGGUCACGCAGACGCUCGUGUCUUCGAACCUGUGGAUGGAGAUCCGAUAUUCGCGUGUGCCCUCGAUCCGCAUGAAGAACAAUCAUGAGUACUUCUCCGCGCAUGACCCCGAGUCCGAGAGGUUCCUGGUGUUGGUGGACCAGUCCCGGAAGGUCAUCAGCGAGGCGGCUCUACUUCCGUACCAGAUCGUCACCAAGAUCCUCCGAACGUCGCACCAAAUGAUUGGGAAGGGCAACUGAUACCCAGAGAUGCAGAGAGUGUUAGUGCAGCAGGGCGCUGUGUCGUUGCGGGUCAUGGAAGCACAAUGAAACGCGCUCGUCAGCAGGCGCGAUUAGGGAUCGCUAGACAGUACAGUCGCGGUCUGCGAUGUGUCCGUGUCCAUGGGUGCUCUUUCAGGCAGCCGCCGUGAUGUCGAUCCGAACUUUGCAGCGGUGCCGCUGCUGCUUUCACAGCUUGCACCUCCUCCGUUCGGCAAUGGCUUCAACAUGUGCUCGCAGAACCCUUACUUCGUGCGCCCCGAUCCACAAAAACGGCUGCACGAGCUGGCGCGCGAGAUGUCGCACGCGGAGUGGGGCAUGAACACGGAUCUGAAUGGCCUCUUCAGGCGCUGGCUCCUCCCGUUGGGGGUCAAGCAUCGCGUAAACAAGAAGGUCAUGGUCAAGCACCUCGUAAUGUUCUCGGACAUGCAGUUUGAUCAGGCAGAGACACCAGACGAUGCCGGCUGGAAUACAAAUCACGAGGCGCUGGAGCAGCUGUACGAGCAUUAUCACGUCGUUUUGGGAUCUCAGUCAACAUCGCGAGCGGCGUAGACACGACUAAAAGGGUGGCCCUGUUCUUUCCCGCCAUGCUCAAGCUGUUCAGGGGAGACGGUGAUGGGGGCGUUCCAUCCGUGGCAGGAGUCCCUGAAACCCGUCUUCACUCCCUUGGCUCUUACCCCAUACAAAUGCUCUACCCCCGAACCAAUCUUGUGUAUAUAACACGUCGCGCUGCUUCAUCAGAACUGUGCUCCC